AUGGAAGCAGCACGUCUGUCUGCCCAGGAGGAGCUGGCGGAGGUCAUCGGGCCCGCAUGCACGGGUUCUGCUGCUUCAGCAGCAGCAGCAGCAGCAGCAGCAGCAUCUGCUUCGCACGAAUUCAGCAACAGCAGCAGCAGCAGGCUGCCGGACUGCUCAGCUGCAGCAGGGGCCUCGCAUGCAGCAGCAGACAUGCAGCCUGCUGCUGCAGCAGAUGCUUGGCUGCAGCGCGGUGCUGCUGUUCGUUUGACUCGAUCUACAACUCCACGUCUGCCGGUGCAGCAGCAGCUUGCUGCUGCUGCUGCUGCUUCUUCUGCGCUGCUGCCAGCAGAGGAGAGGCAGCAGAUAGCAGCUGAUGCAAUUGCUGCUGCUGCUGUUGCAGGGCUGCGAGGCAGCAGCAGCAGCAGCAGCAGCAGCACAACGCAUGCACGACCCCACACCACCGCCGUGGAGGCGCUGGAAGAGACAGUGUGCCGCCUGCUGCCGUGCAGAGACACCCGGGGGCCGCGUUCUGCUGCUGCUGCUGCUCUGGACCCCCUGGUGACGCAGCAGCAGCAGCAACUGCAGCAGCAACUGCAGCAGCAAAAGCAGCAGCAGCACUUCAUGCAACAGGCGCAGCACCAACAACAACCCUUCGUGCAUGCCACCCAGCAGCACCCGCAGCAGCACCAGCAGCAGCACCAGCAGCAGCAGCAGCAGCAGCAACCGCAGCAGCUGCUGCAGCCGAGGGAUACGCACGAGGCCUGUGUUCAGCUUGGGGGGCCGCUGCAGCCGGCAGAGGAGCAGCAGCAAGACAGACAGCUGCAGCAGCAGCUGCUGCAGCAGCAGUACUCUCUGGAGCAGCAGCAGAUGACGCCGCAGCAAACGGCAAUUCUGCAGCAGCAGCUGCCGAUGGGGGUGGCGCAGCAGCACCUGCAGCCAGCACCUCAGCAUCCGCAGCAGCCGCAGCAGCAGCACAUGCAGCCGCCGCAGAUGCAGCAGCAGCAUCGGCAUCCGCAGCAGCAGCAGCCACACAUCCAGCCGCAGCAGAUGCGGCAGCAGCAGCUGCAUCCCCAGCAGCAGCAUAUGCAGCCGCAGCGUCAGCACCUCUGGAGCAGCAGCAGAUGA